CUAAAUAGUUCCGUAAUUGAUUCAAUACUCAACGUGGCAGAAAGGCAUCCAUCGAUUCACUUCUAUAUGUUUCUAACAUGAAUCACGAGUCUUUCACAACAUUCGUCAUUUUCAAAGUUCUAAAAAGCUCUAACAUUUUUCUCUUCGUCCUUCCUCUGUAAUCUCCGGAAAGAGAUGACUUUCACAGCGAUGAGGAGAGACCAUGGAACCCUUCAUGCUAUGGUUGGAUCCGAUCUCAACGAGCUCGCUACCGCUGCUAAGAAUCUCGCUAAUCACACCUUAAUGCUCACUGGUUUAGGCUUUGGUACUUCUCUCCUCGAAUGGAUUGCUUCAAUCGCCGCCAUAUACUUGUUGGUCUUGGAUCGGACUAAUUGGAAGACGAAUAUGCUCACAUCCCUUUUGAUUCCUUACAUCUUCUUCAGUCUUCCUUCUGUGAUCUUUGGCCUUUUCAGAGGAGAUGUCGGUAAAUGGAUCGCGUUUGUAGCUGUUGUUGUACAACUCUUCUUCCCUAAACACUUUCGAGAAUGGUUUGAAUUACCGGCGGCUCUGAUUCUACUCAUCGUGGUGGCUCCGGGUCUCAUCGCCGGCACAUUCAGAGACAACUGGGUUGGUUUGGUCGUAUGCUUAUUGAUCGGAUGUUACUUGCUUCAAGAACACAUUAGAGCUUCAGGUGGAUUUAGAAACGCGUUCACAAAAGCUCAUGGCAUCUCCAACACACUUGGGAUCAUUGCCCUCGUCGUCUUUCCCGUUUGGGCUCUUGCCUUUUAAGACAACUCUCUGUUUGAUUUCCCCCUUUGUUUUUCUAUGUAAUAGUGAUGAUUUUGUAUGGUUCUGUGUCUCUCAUAACUUGUCAACCAAUGUGGUUUAAGUUUCUACGCUCUUGACCUAUUCAAUAAGACAUGAGGUGUUUUGUUGUGUGGAUUGAA